ACACGCUUCUUCUUCUACGCCCUGACCUUCCUGCUCGUAUGACGACACAUCAAAACAAUAACAUUGACAUUGUUGAUGUGGACUUUGCUUCAGAUAACAUUAUUGUAAAUGAAAGAAUAAAACGACCAAAGGAUGAAUACGGCUCUGAGACACUGGAAGGAGGCCGCGACGGUCAUACUAGCUGCUGGUACGAGACAUAAACUCCCUGUAGAUAGUUUGACGAGGUGUGUCGAUAAAGGCACCUCUGCACCUGCGAUCAGUGGGCACUCCAACUUACCUGACAGGUUAGCCUUCGACUAUGAAGUGUUGUUGUUGAAACGAAGGUACGAGUGGUUCAUGCCGAAUGCUUAUGUCUUUCCCGGAGGUCUGGUGGAUCCGGCAGAUUUCUCAAGGGAAUGGCUUGAUCUUUUUGAAUCUUUUCGGCGCUCACCGAAUUUUGGACUCGGAUUUGUGAACCAGCCGCCGGAGACGAGACCUCCUAUCUUCGCCACUGAAGGAAGAACUGGGUUCUCCCGUUCCGGGGACGUCGCAUUUAGAAUCUGUGCCGUGAGCGUGAGGGAAACGUUUGAGGAGUCGGGUGUACUUCUAGUCAUGCCUAAAGAGGAAGAGAGUACUUUACUUAACAGCAUCGAGAACAACAGAUACAGUCAGUCCGAAUUAACCAGAAUAACCGAUCUCUGUGACAAGAGUGAAUUGGCUAAAUGGAGAGUGCUGGUAAACGAAAACCCCUCUAACUUCAUCAGAAUGUGCAGGGAGCUGGAGUGUCUACCUAACAUCUGGGCUCUGCAUGAAUGGGGUAACUGGCUGACCCCUACUGGUGUGUACGGGAAACAGAGGAGGUACGACACGGCCUUCUACAUUUGCUGCUUGCAAGAAACACCACCUCACACCCAGGUGACGAGCUGUACCCAGAGGAGGGGUCAUGUCAGAUGGAUGUGACCCUGAACACAGACCAGAGCCUUGAUGAGCUACAUCAGGGCUGCUCAGCACUGCACCGUAUCGUAGCCUUGGACCCCUACACUGCUGCUGCCGUCAUCACCAUCACACCCAAAUACAACCACCUGCUGCCCUUCCCCCGGUCCAGCCUGAGAACCAGCAGUCAGCUCUGAGAGACGGGCUGAUCACCAUCACACCCAAAUACAACCACCUGCUGCCCUUCCCCCGGUCCAGCCUGAGAACCAGCAGUCAGCUCUGAGAGACGGGUUGACACUCAAAUGGCACCCUAUUUACAAUUACUUUUCAGCAGAGAUACACAAACAUCUGGUCAACAGUAGUGCACUAUAUAGGGAAUAGGGUGCCAUAGAGCUCUGGUCUAAAGUAGUGCACUAUYUAGGGA